AUGGCGGAGUCCGAUUCAAGCGCCAACUUCACCCCGGUGUCUGCGGACGCCGCGUCGGUGCCCGUGACUGGGACCGGCAUCCUGACGAUCCUGUCGGUUCUUAUGGUGACCCUGGUCGUCGUUAUCGUGGCCGGGAACGCGCUCGUCAUCCUGGCUUUCGUCGUGGACAAGACGCUUAGAAAUCAAAGCAACUACUUCUUCUUGAACCUUGCAAUAUCCGACUUUUUCGUGGGUGCCUUCUGCAUCCCUGUCUACAUCCCCUACAACCUGACAGGCCGUUGGAUGCUGGGCCGGGGGCUCUGCAAGGUGUGGCUGGUUAUGGACUACAUGCUCUGCACCGCGUCAGUCUUCAACAUUGUCCUCAUUAGCUAUGACCGCUUCCUGUCAGUCACCAGAGCGGUUAAUUACAGGGCGCAGCGAAAAAUGACACAGCAAGCUGUUACCAAGUUGGUCGCCGUGUGGGUGUUGGCCUUCCUCCUCUAUGGUCCUGCCAUCACCUUCUGGGAGCUGGUCGUUGGUCAAAGUAUUGUUCCAGCCAGUGAGUGUUUCGCGGAGUUUUAUUUUACCUGGUACUUCCUCCUCGGUGCUUCCACCUUUGAGUUCUUUGCCCCAUUUGUGUUUGUGGCCUUCUUCAACCUGAGCAUCUACCUGAACAUUCAACACAGAAACAGCUUGGCUGUUUGCAUCCAAGAUGCCACCAAGAUGCAAACGGAGAGAAAGACGCAGCGGGACGGGAGUGUCUGGUCCGUAUUCUUUGUUAAGGCCCAGAAGGUAUCAUUCAGUGAGUCUGCCACCAUUUCCACAGUCAUAGAGGGUGACGAGAUGCUUUCUCCCUCCUCCAGCAGAGAGCCAAAUAGCAACCCUGCCUUCAGGCAGCAGAGCAAGUUUUCUGCUACGGCCACCUGCAAUGCACCUGGUCGUAGAGCACAGGGAUCUCAUCUCUACCGUGACAAAAAGCUUGCCAAGUCUUUGGCCAUUAUUGUCUGCAUUUUUGGGAUUUGCUGGGCACCUUACACACUCCUAAUGAUUAUUCGUGCUGCUUGCAGCAGUACAUGUGUGGAAAACUACUGGUAUCAGAUUACCUUCUGGCUUCUGUGGUUGAAUUCUGCUAUCAACCCUUUCUUGUACCCUCUCUGCCACAGGAGCUUUCGAAGGGCUUUCUCAAAGAUUUUGUGUCAUAAAAGACAAUCAGUUGAACCACAGAUUGAGAAUCAAUCUUGCUAG